AACACGUUUAGCAGAGGGUAGCCAAUCCUUUCAGGAACUGGGCGUGGCUUCGGUUACUGUGGCAGCGGGGACGCUUAGUCCAGGCCUGAGGCCAGUUUAGAGGCUAAUGCUCCUCCCGUUCUUUGCAUGGCACCCAAGAAAGAGAAAGGCGGGACAACCACCACCGGCUCUAAGAUAUGGGAACCCUCGCUCAUAGCUGCACAAUUCAACCAGAACGACUGGAAGGGCUCCAUCGCUUUUGUCGUUGGAAACCGGAUCGAGGACGAGGUUCUCAUUCACGCUCUCACCCUCGCUGUCCAAGUUCCUCAGCGCAGACUCUUCAGUAUGGUCUCCUGGCAAGACAUCGUCCAGCAGGUCGAUGGAUCAAGUGCAGUUUUUGGAAGUACAUCUAAAAAGGCAAAGAAACCUCUAGGUGGUAAUGCUCCCUUAUAUUCUGAGGUGUUAACGGCAGCAAAAGCAAUUAUGGACAGCGGAGAGAAAUUAACCUUACCAUUGAUAGGGAAACUCUUGAAAUUUCAGCUUCUUCAGAUUAAGUUGAAAGACCAACAGCGACGGGAAAGCGAAAAGAAGGUCAUAGAAGACAGAUUUAAGAUAGAAAAGGAUAAAGUGAAAGCAAAAUCUCCCAAGGAGAAGAAGUCCCCAUCUGCCAAGGCUGCCAAAGGAAAGGGAAAGGACCAGACAGAGGCAAACACUGCCGUGAAAAAGACCACCCAGUUAGUGAGGAGGGGGGAAGAGGAUGACAUCAAACAAUACAUUGAUGAUGAGCCAGAUGACGGUGCCCAGCAUUACUUUAUAGUCGUGGGCUUCAGCAAUCCUCAGCUAUUGGCGAUCAUGACGGAGCUUGGCAUUCCCAUAAGCAGCGUGAUUAAAAUAUCUUCAGAGAAUUAUGAACCUCUGCAGACACACCUGGCAGCAGUUAGCCAACAGCAGGAAAGUUUUCUUCAGCCAGAAGAAAUAGAAGCUGAAAAACUGAAGAAAGAGAAUGGCAUAAAAGAACUUGAAAUCUUCUGGAAGUACUUGGAACCAAUCCUGAAUAACCAGAAACCAGAAACAAAUCUCUUUGAUGUCGCUCAGCUUGAAUACACAGUCAAGGCUGACAAGUUUCCUUCUGACUGGUCAGACAGCGAGAUGUUGCUGGGAUUGGGCACCGAAAUUUUUGAAAAUGUUGCCUGUCUGAUGUACGACACCCUGGAUUGGAAAAGGCAGCACCAGCACUAUUUGGAAAGCAUGCGGCUUAUUAACGUCCCACAGGUGGUUAGUGAGAAGUCUGUCUUUGAAGUGACGUUGAUUCCUGAGCCUCCACAACCUGUUGUUGCAAUCCCUGGAAAGAAGAAAACACAACCAUAUGAAGAGCCACAGAUUCCAGCUCCUCCUCCAGCAACACUGCUACCACCACCACCAGGCAUAAAUGGACAGCACAUUUUAACUGAACAACAAUAUUUUGCAUCUUUUACAGUGGCUUCCGUCAUCACAAAUGAAGUAGACAUGAGAUACUACAAUGAUUUGCUGAACCCAAUCCCAGAAGAAUUCAUUUCUGUGCCCUUGAUACUGCAUUGUAUGCUGGAACAGGUUGUAGCAAGUGAAGAAGAUCUUGUCCCACCAAGUCUGGUAGAGCUGCCUCCCAGGGCAGAUGGGUUGGACUACAGAAUAGCAGCUCACAUCGUAUCCAUCUUGCCCUCUCUCUGUCUGACAGAGAGGGAGAAAAAGAAUCUCCAUGAAAUAUUCUUAUCUGAAGAAGAAAAUGAAAGCAAACCAGUGCAAACAGGCCCUCUCCUGCUUAACUAUCAUGAUGCCCACGCCCACAAGAAGUACAUGCUAAAGGACCUAAAGAAUUUUGAUCCAGUUCAAAUUGAGCAAGAGAUGCAGUCCAAGUUGCCACUGUGGGAAUUCCUUAAAUUCCCUCUGCCCCCGCCAUGGAAUAGCACGAAACGUCUAGCUACAAUUCAUGAGCUCAUGCACUUUUGUACAAGUGAAGUCUUGAGCUGGAAUGAAGUAGAACGAGCCUUCAAAGUGUUUACUUUUGAGAGCCUGAAACUCUCUAAGGUUGAUGAAGAUGGAAAUCUAAAGCGUUCUAAAAUGAUGUAUGGGACAGAUUCUGAGAUGUUCAACAUACCAUGGGACAACCCUGCCAGAUUUGCUAAACAGAUAAGGCAACAGUACAUCAUGAAAAUGAAUACCCAAGAAGCCAAACAGCAAACAGAUGAUGGAACCAAAGACAGAAUUUUAUUUCUGAAUAAGAAUUGGUCAACACCUAUGCCAGAUGAUGAGCUCAACAAAAAACCAUCAGAUUAUCGCCAGCCUGGUAGUAACAAGAAAUCCUUAGACUCUGAUAAUAGACAACCAACAGAGCAGGAGACAAACUUGAAGUCUCAGCUCCAACCUGAGACUCUGGAGCAGACCAUGAACAAUGAGAUCAAAGAUGAAGCGGUCACAAAUGCUGAUCUUCUUGAAAAGAAACCAAAGAAGAUGACUGUAGAAGCCGAGUUAGAGGACAUAAAGAAAACCCAGCAACGCAAUCUAAUGGACUGGAGUUUUACUGAACAUUUUAAACCAGAAGUUCUGCUUCAGGUUCUUCAAGAAGCCAGUCAGCAAUACAGGUGUGUUGAUUCUUAUUACCAUACACAAGACAACUCUUUACUGUUGGUCUUUCAUAAUCCAAUGAAUUUACAGCGUCUGCAUCACGAAUAUUGGAACGCUGGCCUUCACUCUAAUGUUGGAUUCAGAAAUUAUUUGGAACUUGUUGCAAAAUCCAUUCAAGAUUGGAUCAUAAAAGAAGAAGCUAUAUAUCAGGAAACCAGAAUGUCUGAUGAAAUCAAUAAAACCAAGUAUGAGCUGGAAAUAAAAUCUUCUGUUGCUACCAAAGUUUCUUCUACUAGCAAAAUUUAUUCUAUUAAAAAAUCUAAAAGUAACAAAGGAAUGAGCAAAACAGAAAUAUCAGAUCAAGAAAAAGACAAAGAAAAAGAGAAGGAAAAGAUUAAUUUUAUUUUAGAAGGCUCUCUCAAGGCCUGGAAAGAAGAACAAGAUCGGUUAGCUGAAGAGGAACGCUUAAAGGAAGAAAAAAAAGCAGAAAAGAAGAGUAAGGAGGCUGGUAAAAAGAAAGGCAAGGAAAAGCUAGAAAAAGAAGAUAGUAAGAUUUUGAAGAAAAAAUCUUUUAUAAAGGAGAAAUUGAAGGAAGAGCAAAUGAAGAUCCCAGAAGUAACAGAGGAGCCCCUCCAGGAACCAGAACCUGAGAUAGUUUACCCGUUUCAUGGAUACAACAUGGGAGAAAUACCUGUGCAAAUCUCAGGAACAAAUUAUUAUCUGUAUCCUUCUGAUGGAGGGCAAAUUGAAGUAGAAAAGACAACAUUCGAAAAAGGUCCAACAGUUAUCAAAAUGAAAGUGAAAAAGGACAAGCACAAUUUUUUAAUUCACUUAAGAGACCCUAGGAAAAUUGUGGAAAAGGAGAAAAAAGAAGAGGAUUAUUCUUCAGAAGAUGAGAAAGAAGAAGGAGGAGAGCAAAACUUCAAAGCAGAAGAAUCAAAUAAAGAGAAUAAAGCUGUCAGCAAGUUUGGAUCUUUUUCUGCCACCUUGGAAAAUGGAAUCUGCCUCUCAAUAAGUUACUAUGGAUCAAGUGGAUCAGCACCAGAGGAUAAGGAUCCUAACUUGGAAUCUAUGUUGAAUAUCCCAUCAGUACAUACUCCAACAGUAAUUCCUGUUACAGUGAGUAUUCCUCAAGGCAAGGGAAAAGGGAAAACAAAAGGCAAAGAAAAACCCAAAGAAUCUCUUAAAGAAGAGGAGCACCCAAAAGAAGAAGAGAAAAAGGAAGUAGAAGAACCAGAGCCUGUUUUACAAGAGAGUCCUCAUGUUCCCGUCUUCCAAAACCUGAAUGUGUCUUGCCCCAAUGGGCUCCAAGUGACCUUCACUGGGCAAGAGUCCCCAGGUGAGUAUCAUUGUACUGUAGAUGAGGAACCCACUUGGGAUAUCAUGGUCCGACAGAACUACCCCCAGAAGGUGAGGCACUAUGAGUUCUACAAAAUGGUGAUGCCACCGCUGGAGCAGGAAGCAUCGAGAGUUAUCACCAGUCAAGGGACUGUUGUCAAAUACAUGCUGGAUGGAUCCACACAGAUUCUCUUUGCAGAUGGGACUGUGAGCAGUAGUCCCGAUUCAGGUCCUAUCAGUCUUCCUACUGACAUGCCAGCCAGUGCUCACAGUGCUGACUUGAUGGACACAAUUUCUCAGCAGAAAUCAGAAACAGCACCAUCGGAGACUGUCAUCACAAAGAAAGGAAAAAUUCAGAAAAAUCAGUCAUCUAUGGCACAUAAAAAUGAAAGCCAUGAACUUCCCCCAGAAACAGUUCAAACAAUAACUCCUAUGGAUGUUCACUUAGGCACCUGGUUUACAACUACACCUCAAGGAAAUCGGAUUGGCACCAAAGGAUCAGAAAGAAUAGCAGACUUGGCCCCAUUUUUAUCCUUUAAAGCCACAGAUCCUAUCAAUGGAACGGUUAUGACAACUCGAGAAGACAAAGUGAUCAUCAUUGAAAAGAAAGAUGGUACUCGGAUCGUGGAUCAUGCUGAUGGUACCAGAAUCACAACCUUUUAUCAAGUUUAUGAAGAUCCGACUAUUUCUUCGGAGGAUCAAGAGACAGCCGAAGGUCCUCAGAGGAUCGCCAGGCAGGUGAAGUGCAUGCGGAUUGAAAGCUCGCACUACGCCACCAUCAUCACCAACUGCGAGGACAGUAGCUGCUGCGCCACCUUUGGGGACGGGACGUCCAUCAUUGCAAAGCCACAGGGAACGUACCAGGUGUUACCACCAAACACAGGCUGUCUUCAUAUUGCUAGGGACUGUUCAGCUAUAUAUUGCCAUGAAUCAAGCAGUGACAUAUACCAUCCUUUUCAAAAACGUGAGCAGCUGAGAGCCAGCAGGUAUAUCAUGAAACACACGUCAGAGGUUAUCUGCGAGGUCAUGGAUCCUGAAGGAAAUACCUUUCAGGUCAUGGCUGAUGGUAGUGCAUCAACCAUCCUACCUGAAAACAACUUGGAAGAUGAUUUAAAUGCAAAAGCUGAAGGUUAUGACAGUUUGUCAUCUACUCACCUUCAUAAGAAUCAUCUGCAAAUCUAUGGUGAACAUGUCCCCAGGUUUUUUGUUAUCUAUGCUGAUGGAUCAGGACUGGAGCUUCUUCGGGACAGUGACAUAGAAGAGUACCUCUCCUUGGCAUAUGGAGAAUCAACUACCGUAGUUCUUCAAGAGCCAGUACAGGAACAACCAGGUGCCCUGAGCAUCACCGUCCUUCGCCCUUUCUGUGAAGUGUCACCGUGGCUAAUGAAGAAAGAAUUAGAUACGAUUGUUCCUCCUAAUCUCCAGUCAAGGACGUGGGAGACCUUUCCCUCAGUUCAGAAAAAAACUCCAGGACCUCCGUUUGGCACUCAGAUUUGGAAGGGCCUCGACAUUGGCUCCAAACAAUUAGUGAACACUCCAGCCCCUAUACUGGAGAGCCCCAAUGUGCUACAGAUACGCCAGUUCAUCCAGCAUGAGGUCAUAAAGAAUGAGGUGAAACUGAAACUGCAGCUUUCCCUGAAGGACUAUAUAAACCAUAUUCUCAAGAAAGAAGAUGAGUUUCAGGAAAUGACAGUUAAAGAUUCCAGAACUGAGGAGGAGAGAGGCAACGCUGCAGACCUCCUCAAGCUGGUUAUGUCUUUCCCUAAAAUGGAGGAAACUACAAAAAGUCAUGUUACUGAAGUUGCAGCCCACCUAACUGAUCUGUUUAAGCAAUCUUUGGCUAAUGCUAUGGAAUGUCCACCAGAAACCUUUGAGACAGAUUUCCUUGAAAAGAAAUUAAGGCACACAGAGACGACAAAGCACUGGAAAGAAAAGUUAGCUCAAAAGAGGAAGGAAAUUGAAAAAACACAGAACUAUCUAAAGGAAAUUAGGAGCAAAGCAAUAUCACCCUACUUCAAAUCUGAACUGAGCAAGCUUUAUCAGUCUCAGUUUAAUUAUCUGGACACCCUUUCCAAAAACUUGCCUCCUUUUACAAAGAAAGAUGAGGAUGCAAGCAAAGAAGCCGCUCAAGAUACAUCCAGUCUUCCUCCAGAUUUCCAGAAAAAUGAAGUUUCAAAACAGGAAUCCUCAGAUAUACUUAGUGUUUCAAAAUCAGAGAACCUUGAAGAUACCAAGGAGCCUGCUAGCCAAAAGCAAACUGAAAAUUUAACAGUAUCUAUCAAAGAACCAGAAUCGUGUAUGCCUCUGAAAAUCCCAACCCAGUCAAUGCUGCAGGAUGUGGCAGGACAAGCAAGAAAACAGAAAGUGAGGCUACCUCACUACUUGCUGAGUUCCAAGCCCAAGUCUCAGCCUCUCACAAAGACGCAAGAUUCUGUUGGAGGAAGAGUGAGAACAUCCUCUGUGGCAUCUGCUGCCAUUAAUAAUAUAAAUUCAUCUCCCUUUGGAUUCCAUCUUCUCCCACCUGUGGUGAAAUUUGGAGUGCUCGAAGAAGGACACACGUAUGCCACCACUGUAAAGCUCAAGAAUGUUGGAGUGGACUUCUGCAGGUUUAGGGUGAAGCAGCCUCCACCCAGCACGGGACUGAAAGUGACUUACAAACCUGGGCCUGUGGCGGCUGGUUUGCAGGCAGACCUGAGAGUGGAGUUAUUCGCCAUGGCUGUCGGGGAGGAUGGCACCAAGGGAUUGGCUCACAUCUCUCACAAUAUAGAGAUUAUGACUGAGCAUGACGUCCUGUUCUUACCUGUGGAAGCAACAGUUUUAACAAGCAGCAAUUAUGAUAAGAGACCAAAAGAUUUUCCCCAGGGAAAAGAAAAUCCCACGGUCCAGAGGAUUUCUACAAUUUCUUCCUCUGCACUCGGAGUCUUCAUGUCCCGUAAAAUUUCUCCACAUUAG